AUGUGCUGCAGGUUCUCUUACAUCGACCGCCUAAGAGUCGCGCUGUAAGAAGCAACAACCUCUCCUCUUCCUCUCCGCGAUCUGCGAGCAACCGCGAAGCAACAACCAUGCGUGAGUGCAUCUCCAUCCACGUCGGCCAGGCUGGUGUCCAGAUUGGCAACGCCUGCUGGGAACUCUACUGUCUGGAACAUGGCAUCCAGCCCGAUGGCCAGAUGCCAAGUGACAAGACCAUUGGGGGAGGAGACGACUCCUUCAACACCUUCUUCAGUGAGACUGGCGCUGGCAAGCAUGUGCCCAGGGCAGUGUUUGUAGACCUGGAACCCACGGUCAUUGAUGAAGUUCGCACUGGCACCUACCGCCAGCUCUUCCAUCCUGAGCAGCUCAUCACAGGCAAGGAAGAUGCUGCCAAUAACUAUGCCCGCGGCCACUACACCAUUGGCAAGGAGAUCAUUGACUUGGUUCUGGAUCGGAUUAGAAAACUGGCCGACCAGUGCACAGGUCUUCAGGGCUUCUUGGUUUUCCACAGUUUCGGUGGGGGAACCGGUUCUGGGUUCACCUCUUUGCUGAUGGAACGCCUCUCAGUUGAUUAUGGCAAGAAGUCCAAGCUGGAGUUCUCUAUUUACCCAGCCCCCCAGGUUUCCACAGCUGUAGUUGAGCCCUACAACUCCAUCCUCACCACCCACACCACCCUGGAGCACUCAGAUUGUGCCUUCAUGGUAGACAAUGAGGCCAUCUAUGACAUCUGUCGCAGAAACCUUGAUAUUGAGCGCCCAACCUAUACUAACUUGAAUAGGUUGAUAGGUCAAAUUGUGUCCUCUAUCACUGCUUCCCUCAGAUUUGAUGGUGCCCUGAAUGUCGAUCUGACAGAAUUCCAGACCAACCUGGUGCCCUAUCCCCGCAUCCACUUCCCUCUGGCCACAUAUGCCCCUGUCAUCUCUGCUGAGAAAGCCUACCAUGAACAGCUUUCUGUAGCAGAGAUUACCAAUGCUUGCUUUGAGCCAGCCAACCAGAUGGUGAAAUGUGACCCCCGCCAUGGUAAAUACAUGGCUUGCUGCCUGUUGUACCGUGGUGAUGUGGUUCCCAAAGAUGUCAAUGCUGCCAUUGCCACCAUCAAGACCAAGCGUACUAUCCAGUUUGUGGAUUGGUGCCCCACUGGCUUCAAGGUUGGCAUUAACUACCAGCCUCCCACUGUGGUGCCUGGUGGAGACCUGGCCAAGGUACAGCGAGCUGUGUGCAUGCUGAGCAACACCACAGCCAUUGCUGAGGCCUGGGCUCGCCUGGACCACAAGUUUGACCUGAUGUACGCCAAGCGUGCCUUUGUUCACUGGUACGUGGGUGAGGGGAUGGAGGAAGGAGAGUUUUCUGAGGCCCGUGAGGACAUGGCUGCCCUUGAGAAGGAUUAUGAGGAGGUUGGUGUGGAUUCUGUUGAAGGAGAAGGUGAAGAAGAAGGAGAAGAAUACUAAAGUUAAUACGUCACAAAGGUGCUGCUUUUACAGGGAAGCUUAUUCUGUUUAAAACAUUGAAAAGUCGUGGUCUGAUCAGUUAAUUUGUAUGUAGCAGUGUAUACUUUCAUAUAUAAUUACUGACCUAUGCUUUAAAACAUGAACGCUUUGUUACAGACCCAGGCUGUCCCUUUCUCUGAUGGGUUUUGAAUAAAGUAUUCCCUGUCUUAAAUGA